GAUGAAUAUGAAGAGCUACUUCAUUGUGCUGUGGUGACUCCGGACUUUGAGCAGUGCGUCUCAAAGUGGUCACUGGCUUCAGAAUUGAGAACAGGUGCCAGAUUUUCAAGUGCAACAGAUCAUGCCAUUCACCACAGGACUCCAGUCUUAAUAUCAGUGAAGAGGUCUUCUGAGGCCAAUAUGGAACAAGUUUGCCCUGCUUCUUCAGAAGAGACUUCUUCACAAGGGUCCUCACACGGUCCAGGAGAAACAAAUGAAGCCAUAGUGACUGAAUUAACCUUACCUGAUGAAAAAGUAACUCAAAUAGAAAAUAUACUUGAUCUCUGGAGUGGAAAUCUUAAGACAAACGUUCUGACUGAAUUAAGAAAAUGGAAGCUUAGUUUGAUCGAACAUCAUGAGCUUCAAAUGAGACAAGAAAAAGAGAAACACACUGCACAUGUGAGACAAUUGAGCAAUGAGAUAGAAAACAUGAAGGAGUUGCUACGUACUUGCGAAAUAUCUAUUGGCAGGAAAGAUGAGGUGAUUACUAACUUGACUCAAGCAUUAGAGAGGCAGAAGGAGCGAGUAGAGUUGAUGAGAAGGUUUACGCUGUGGCGGGUUCAGCAUGUUAAAGCCAAACAGGAGGAGCACGCAAAGCGAAUAGCAGACAGACAGUUCCGGACGGUGGUGAUGAGGAAAGUGUGGGCAGCGUGGCGCUCUGUCAGUGAGGAAAAAUGGAAAGAGAAAGUAGCAAAAGCCUGUCAGCUAAGGGCAGAAGAUGUCUGUGUUCAGCUCACCAAUGACUAUGAAGCUAAAAUUGCAGAGCUAACUGCUGCUGUGGAGCAGGCGAAAGCUGAGAUUCUGCGCCUGCGCGGCGAGAGAGAGCAGUACGAAGACACCAUGAAGAAAGCCUUUAUGCGUGGUGUGUGUGCCUUGAACCUGGAAGCAAUGACCAUGUUUCAAGGCAAGGACAGUAGGACAGAUUCUGAUGUAGAAAGUAGGAGAAAUGAUAAUGGUACCGUUGUUGCAGGAAGGCCACCUCCGUCACAGUACAAUCCACCCUCACCUCCUCCUCCACCAGCAACCACUCUUCAGCUGGAAGACGUGUUUUCUACCCACCUGGGUCAUGCAAGCACUUCUCAGACCAGGCUAGAGUCUGAUUCUCCAGCCAUUGUCAGUAGUACAGCUGCAGGAUCUGGUGUGGUGUCAACUCAAAAACUGCCCAUGGCGAAAGUAAUAACAUCUGCUCAACAGAAAGCAGGAAGAACAAUCACUGCUCGAAUCAUGGGCCGAGCUGACAUGGGACAAAAACCAAGAACUUGUGGUAGUUUAGCAGUGAUGGGAGUUGCUCCACCCAUGAGUUCAGUCAUUGUUGAAAAACAUCAUCCAGUCACUCAGCAAACCAUAUCCCAUGCCACUGCUGCUAAAUAUCCUCGAACUGUGCUCCAUUCUUCUGGUUCUACUACCGUGAGACCUGCAGGACAAGCUGGGCGAACGCUUCAGGGCCAAACUCAUACCAGUGUUCAGUCAAUAAAAGUUGUUGACUGAGUAACCAUCUUUCUCAUCAGUGGG